GGUGAAAAAGGAAGCAAAGGAAGAACAAUCUUUCUUGCGCUACCGGCAUCAACGUUUUCAUCCUCGGCUUCUUCUUCUUCUUCUCUCCGUUUAAGUGUUCUUCUUCCUUUUGCAGCUUGUUGUGUCGCAGAACCGAACCACUCACCAUUCUUUCUAACAUACGCAAAUGGAUUUUCCGGCAGAGGAGAACGAAGAGGGAAACGUGGAAGAGUUGAUGAUGAUGGAAGGAGUAGCAUCAAUAGCAUUGUUGCCGUGUGGCUCUAUCUCAGGACACUUCAUCCAACUUCCACAUUCUACUUGCUAUGGCCUUUCUGGCACUGAAUUGGCAUGUGAAAGGGAAUGCAGUAGGGGUGAGGAUUAUCGCGUCAUCAAACUCACGAUCACAGAUUUCAAUACAAAGAAAGAGCAAGCCACUGUUGUGGAGUGCAAAGGCCAUGAUGCUGCACGGUUCCACAGCAUUGAUCAUAUUCAUGGGUAA